GCUUUCGACUAGACUGCCGUGUCGCUGGUGGCGGCAGCUGCGGUGGCUGUGGGGACCCAGGCGGUGGAAGUGCCAUCUUCGGCUAGGUUGGCCCAGGCUUUGGCUCAUGGCAACAAGCGGCAUCCAUCGUAAGAUCAUUAACUGAAGACAGAAUAAAUAGCUAUGCAAAAUUCUCACAUGGAUGAGUACAGAAAUUCUAGUAAUGGCAGCACAGGCAGCAAUUCAGAGGUAGUGGUAGAACAUCCUGCUGAUUUCAGUACUGAGAUUAUGAAUGUUACAGAAAUGGAACAGUCACCUGAUGACUCUCCCAAUAUCAAUGCAUCUACAGAAGAAAGUGAAAUGGCAAAUGCUGUGGACCUUCCAGUGACACUGACAGAAACAGAAGCAAAUUUCCCUCCAGAAUAUGAAAAAUUUUGGAAAACUGUAGAAAAUAAUCCUCAGGAUUUUACAGGCUGGGUAUAUUUACUUCAGUAUGUAGAACAGGAGAAUCACUUGAUGGCUGCCAGGAAGGCUUUUGACAAAUUUUUCAUACACUAUCCGUAUUGCUAUGGUUACUGGAAAAAGUAUGCAGAUCUUGAAAAGCGGCAUGACAACAUUAAACAAUCAGAUGAGGUGCGUACAUCACUGAAUAAAGUUAUCUCCAUUAGGUACUGUAAGCCAAUUAAUAACAAAACAAAGACUUUUCUUUUUUGGCUGGCAGUACCUACCAUUUAUGCUCAAACAAUUUUUAUAGGGUAUUUUAUUUGCAUUUGUCACUCUUGUGGCAUUUGUAGCUAAUAUUUUCUCUCUUUGUUGGCAGGUGCGUUAAACCUCUACAGUUUGUCAAGCUUUGCAGUGCAAGCCUCUGUAUUACACUGCAGCUUAACAAGUAGGGCAGGGCUUUUCUCUCACUUACAUUUAUUUCUCAUUUUCCAAACAAUAUAGUUGGUUUGCUAGUCACAUUUGCUACGUCUUAUUGCAUUUUUGGUCAGACGCUGUCAUUGAUGCUCUAAUGGGUCUGUGCCCUAUGGUCUGUAACCCAAAGCCUGCCCACACAACCCGGUCAGAAUGCAGGGACUGCUGCGCUUUGAAGAUCAAGACUCUGCACGUGGGGAUCAGAACAUUGCCAUGUUCUAUCCAACCUCCACCCAAAUGGUUUAUCGUCGGGGGCUUCAGGCAAUACCUCUUAGUGUUGAUCUUUGGAUACAUUACAUAAACUUCUUAAAAGAAACAUUGGACCCUAGUGAUCCUGAGACAAACAGUACAAUAAGAGGAACUUUUGAGCAUGCUGUUCUAGCUGCAGGAACAGAUUUUCGAUCUGAUAGAUUGUGGGAAAUGUAUAUAAACUGGGAAAAUGAACAGAGAAACUUGAGAGAAGUUACAGCUAUAUAUGAUCGUAUUCUUGGUAUUCCAACACAGCUGUACAGUCAUCAUUUUCAGAGAUUUAAAGAACAUGUACAGAAUAACUUACCUAGAGAUCUUUUAACUGGUGAACAGUUUAUUCAGCUACGAAGGGAAUUAGCUUCUGUAAAUGGGCAUAGUGGUGAUGAUGGUCCUCCUGGUGAUGACCUACCAUCGGGAAUUGAAGACAUAACUGAUCCAGCAAAGCUAAUUACAGAAAUAGAAAACAUGAGACAUAGAAUCAUUGAGAUUCAUCAAGAAAUGUUUAAUUAUAAUGAGCAUGAAGUUAGUAAAAGGUGGACAUUUGAAGAAGGUAUUAAAAGACCUUAUUUUCAUGUGAAACCAUUGGAAAAGGCACAACUAAAAAACUGGAAAGAAUACUUAGAAUUUGAAAUUGAAAAUGGGACUCACGAACGAGUUGUGGUUCUCUUUGAAAGAUGUGUCAUAUCAUGUGCCCUCUAUGAGGAGUUUUGGAUUAAGUAUGCCAAGUACAUGGAAAACCAUAGCAUUGAAGGAGUGAGGCAUGUCUUCAGCAGAGCUUGUACUAUUCAUCUCCCAAAGAAACCCAUGGUGCAUAUGCUUUGGGCAGCUUUUGAGGAACAGCAGGGUAAUAUUAAUGAAGCCAGGAAUAUCUUGAGAACAUUUGAAGAAUGUGUGCUAGGAUUGGCAAUGGUUCGUUUGCGAAGAGUAAGUUUAGAACGACGGCAUGGAAAUAUGGAAGAAGCUGAACAUUUGCUUCAGGAUGCCAUUAAGAAUGCCAAAUCAAAUAAUGAGUCUUCGUUCUAUGCUGUCAAACUAGCCCGACACCUUUUCAAAAUACAAAAAAAUCUUCCAAAAUCAAGAAAGGUGCUUUUGGAAGCAAUUGAAAGAGACAAAGAGAACACAAAGUUAUACCUCAAUUUACUUGAAAUGGAAUAUAGUGGCGACCUCAAACAAAAUGAAGAAAAUAUUCUAAAUUGUUUUGACAAAGCUGUGCAUGGUUCACUACCUAUUAAAAUGAGAAUUACAUUUUCUCAGAGAAAAGUGGAAUUUCUUGAAGAUUUUGGUUCAGAUGUUAAUAAGCUUCUGAAUGCUUAUGAUGAACAUCAAACACUCUUAAAAGAACAGGAUUCUUUAAAAAGGAAAGCAGAAAAUGGAUCAGAAGAACCAGAAGAAAAGAAAGCACACACAGAAGAUACAACUUCAUCAUCUACACAGAUGAUUGAUGGUGAUUUACAAGCAAAUCAAGCUGUAUAUAAUUAUAGUGCCUGGUAUCAAUACAAUUAUCAGAAUCCUUGGAAUUAUGGACAGUAUUACCCUCCCCCUCCAACCUGAUGGGAAAGUAUAAAUUUCAGAUGGAAUGUGUGAAAAGUAUGAAAUUAUUUUUUUUUUAAAUGAGGGAUGUAAACAUAGCAUACGCUUGUCGUAUUUGAUAACUUGUCUUCCCUGUUUCUGUGUAACAUGAUUUGUUUAGUAAUAGGGGAAAAUGUUAGUUACUAGCUUACCGCAGAUACUAUUUCCUACCAUUUGUAAAGUUUACUUUUUAUUGGAGAACUAUUUUUUUGAUUUUUGCAUUACGUGGUCUAGAAUUCUUCUGCAAGACAUUUGCAAGAGUUUUGUAGCCUUAAGGGUAGGAAAAAAAACCUGACUGCAAAUCAUGUCAGUGUAGUACAAGAUUUUAAAAACACAUAAGGGCUGGUUAUUAA